AAGUGACAUGACGGGCAGCGGGAAGGGGGAGCUGCAGCGCUCGGCUCGGCUCGGCUCAGUUCUGCAAAAUAAGGUCGGAAGAGCGGUUCUUCCCGCACCAAAUCCUCUUUUUGGGUGAAAAAAGCUCGACGGUCUGCUCGUUUUCCAGCAUUUCGGAAGCACUUCGACGUGACACGGGAUUUUAACGGAAAUGGACCAGAGGCCAUGUUUGCGAGUGAAAGCGGAGCUGCAGCGCUGAAGCGGCCCGCGGACGAGCCGCGCGCCCCUUAGAGCCCCAAAUCCCCCCCUUUUCUGCGCUGCUUUUGUGUUCAUGCGAGGAAGCGGGUGGGAUGGACGCGUAUUCCCGGCCCAGCGGGGAGAUCCAGCGGAGAAACCCUCAGCACGACUUCGAGCUCAUCCAGCGCGUCGGCAGCGGCACUUACGGAGACGUUUACAAGGCCCGAAACAUACAGACGGGAGAAUUGGCUGCAGUGAAAAUCAUCAAACUGGAACCAGGGGAUGACUUUUCCAUCAUUCAACAGGAAAUCUUUAUGGUGAAGGAAUGCACACACCAAAAUAUUGUGGCCUACUUUGGAAGCUACCUGUGCAGAGAGAAAUUAUGGAUCUGUAUGGAAUACUGUGGUGGUGGCUCCCUUCAGGAUAUUUACCAUGUGACUGGUCCCCUAUCUGAGCUUCAGAUAGCUUAUGUCUGCAGAGAAACCUUGCAGGGUCUGGCUUAUUUGCACACCAAGGGCAAAAUGCAUCGUGACAUAAAGGGAGCUAAUAUCUUGCUAACUGACAACGGAGAUGUGAAGUUAGCUGAUUUUGGAGUUGCAGCCAAAAUAACUGCUACCAUUGCCAAGAGGAAAUCAUUCAUUGGAACUCCUUACUGGAUGGCCCCUGAAGUAGCAGCGGUUGAGAAGAAUGGAGGCUACAACCAGCUGUGUGACAUUUGGGCAGUGGGCAUUACGUCCAUUGAGCUGGCUGAACUGCAGCCCCCCAUGUUUGACUUGCACCCUAUGAGGGCCUUGUUUUUAAUGUCGAAGAGCAGUUUCCAACCUCCCAAACUAAAAGACAAAAACAAAUGGUCGGCUGCUUUCCAUAACUUUGUGAAAGUAUCUCUUACCAAGAACCCGAAGAAACGACCCACUGCGGAUAAGCUCCUCUCGCAUAUCUUUGUAGCACAGACAGGUCUGACCAGGAGACUGGCUGUGGAGCUUCUGGACAAGAUGAACAAUCCAGACAGCCAUCCACAUUUCAGUGAGGUGGAUGAUGAUGAUUUGGAGCCACUCUCCAGCGUGAGGCACACGAUCCGUUCCACCAACAAGAACAGCAGAGCAGAGAGGACACGCUCUGAGAUCAACUUUGAUAAAAUGCAGUUUGAACCUCCACUAAGGAAAGAAACAGAGGCUCAUGCUGAGAUGGAUGUUACCAAAGAGAAUGACUUCCCUUCACCCUGGAGUCCCUUCUCAGAGGGAGGAAUUGGCUCUAAGAGCCUUCUCAAAAGCGUUGAGGAGGAGUUAUUUCAACGGGGACAUACAGCCCAUUUGGAGGACACCUUUGAAGAUGUGGAUCUCUCUACUCUGAAGCAAGGAGUCCCACCCCCACUACCCCCUAAGCCACGUCUGAACAGCAGCUCUGACGAAAUGGGCCUUAAUGAAGAGAAGAGUCUAACUGUGCGGCGCUUCCCUAACUGCGAGGCUAGCCCUGUGUCAGGUUUACGCAGACAGAGCACACCAGAACAAGGCAGCAAAGUGGAGCACAACCCCCCUGACUUCCUCUCUGUCAGUGUCAGCAGUCCCGGCCUGCUGAGCCACUCGUCUGAGCAGGAUCAUGAGGAGUUGGCCACUGGUGUGAAUGGACACAAUUUGAAACAUACCCCAGCUCCACCCCAGAGGAAGGAGAGGAAAGAGUUUCCAAAGCCAGCAAUUAAUGGUCUUCCACCUACACCCAAAGUUCUGAUGGGGGCCUGCUUCUCCAAGGUUUUUGACGGAUGCCCUUUGAAAAUUAACUGUGCCACAUCUUGGAUUCACCCAGAUACAAAAGACCAGUACCUCAUCUUUGGGACAGAAGAUGGAAUUUACACUCUGAACUUGAAUGAGCUACAUGAAGCCACCAUGGAACAGCUGUUUCCAAGGAGGUGCACUUGGCUUUACGUUAUCAACAACAACUUAAUGUCUUUGUCAGAAGGAAAGACCUUCCAGCUGUAUUCUCAUAACCUCAUUGGCUUGUUUGAGCAGUUGAAGAAACCAGGCCUGGCUGCUCAAUUCCAAACUCAUCGCUUCCCAGACAAGAUCUUGCCCAGGAGGUUUGCUUUAACAACGAAGAUCCCAGACACAAAGGGAUGUCACAAGUGCUGCAUUGUGAGGAAUCCCUAUACAGGACACAAAUACCUUUGCGGGGCUUUGCAGUCUGGGAUUGUCCUGCUCCAGUGGUACGAGCCCAUGCAGAGAUUUAUGCUCAUAAAGCACUUUGACUUCCCUCUGCCCAGCCCUCUCAAAGUGUUUGAGAUGCUUGUGGUUCCAGAGCAGGAGUAUCCCUUGGUGUGCGUUGCCAUCAGCCAAGGCACAGAGCCUGGCCAGGUGGUCCGCUUUGAGACCAUCAACCUCAAUUCCUGUUCAUCUUGGUUUACAGAAAUGGGAUCAGGUGGUCACCAGGUAGAUGCCAUUCAUGUCACUCAGCUGGAGAGGGAUACUGUUCUGGUGUGUCUGGACAAGAAUUUGAAAAUUGUCAACUUACAAGGCAAAUUGAAAUCAAACAAAAAGCUGGCCUCUGAACUGAGCUUUGACUUCUGCAUUGGAUCUGUUGUAUGUCUUCAAGACAGCGUGUUGGCCUUCUGGAAACAUGGCAUGCAGGGAAAGAGCUUCAAGUCCAAUGAGGUAACCCAGGAGAUUUCUGAUCAAAGCCGGGUGUUCCGUCUCCUGGGAUCUGACAGGGUGGUGGUCCUGGAGAGCCGGCCAACAGACAACCCUACAGCCCUGAGUAACCUUUAUAUCUUGGCUGGACACGAGAACAGCUACUAGUUCAACAUCGUGGUUUCAUCUAAGGAAGCUCCUUUGCUGCCAAAGUUGGGGGAUAUGUGUUGACCAUGGAUAUUGAUUGUCAGAGGAGACACCUGGGGAGAAAGCUCACACAUUCUUCAUGCUUUGUACAUUACAAACCACAGCAGGCAGCCCUUUCUGGAGAGGUGCAACCAAUGGAACAUGUAUAGUGUUACAACCCCAGGCAUCUAUACUAUGAGACCGAACAGACAGAUGGAGUAAGCCGCUGUGAUCUCCAUACAGCAGCCUUCCCAUCACAGACUAGCUCACGUUGAGUCUGAAAGUAUGGGGGUGUGCGUGCAUGCGUGUGUGAACUACAAUCUUAUGAGGAAUUGUGGGCAUAAUGCAGUCUCACAGCUUAUAACACAAAUCUGAAGUUUACCAACAAGAUCAUGACCCAGCAAACCACAACAUUCAUGUAAGUAUUCAUGCUUGAGGAAGUGCCAUAAAAAUAUAUUUGUUUACUUAUCGCUUAAAAGACUUAUAGAAAAGUCCUUCUGAACCAGUGACUGAGAGAAAAGACUUGGUGCAAUGCUGAGCCUUGAAUGAUUUUUUUUUUUUUUUUUUUUUUUUUUUUAAAUAAUACUUUGCAAGUCAACAAAUUGAUAUGGAGUGUUUGGAUUUCAUUAAAACAUAUCAUUUGGUUUGAUGGACUAUUUAAACGUUAUUUAUUAAUCUUCAGGUAGUAAGGUAUUUUACUCUUUAACAAUGUUAGCCGAUAACAGGCAAAGUCCUGGAAGGCAUAGGACGCGGCUCCUCUGGGGUUCAACUACCUAUGAAAAGGUUGCUGAGCAGCUUCAGAUUAUUUUACAGCUUUGUAAUAUAGAAGAGCUUCCCCGUGCGUGUUUUUAGAUUUGAAUAUAAUGUCAAGGUGGGUUUUUUUUUUUUUUUUUUUUUUUGGGGGGGGGGUUUGUAUUCUGUAUUGCACCAUGUAAGCACUUUUGUACAUUUUGUUUUGUAUUUAAAUGACAACAAAUGGGGGAGAGCUUGGGUUUCAUAACACCUGUGUUCCUGCAAUUUUUAAUGUAUGCAGUUUUUAUAAUAAAACUAUUGUUUAAAAAAGUUUUUGGUGUUUUAUUUUGUUGCUAUUAUGCAAAGACUGGUGCUAUGCAGCGUGUGACUGUGGCAUCUCACGGUGUAAGUGGUCUCUUUUUGGUACACACUGGAUAGGAUAAAAAUCCAUCACAAGGGAAUCAUGCACGUUCAUUCACUCGCACUUAAACCCAACUUGGUCA